CAAAUAUACAAUCCAAAAACUGAUUUAUUAAACCAAAUUUCCAAGCUUGUAGCUGAAAAUACUGAACUUAAAAAGGAGAAGAUUGAAUUCUUGGCUAAGGAAGUAGGACUUAUGGCUAUAAUUGUGGAAUUAAAACAAUCUGCAAAAGAAAAUGUUGAAAUUAAUGAGCUUAGAUUCAAAGUUUCAAAAUUAGAACAGAAGAAUUCACAAAAUGAUAAAGAAACAAAGAUUAAAUUAUUAGAAGAUAAGAAAAUAGAUAAAUUCCUGGGUUCAACAUAUAAGGAACAGAUUAGUAAUAAAAUAAUUCAGAGCAUUAAGAAAAAGAAACUUCAAGAUCAAGGGUUAUUCUCAACUUCUAAUAAUAAUACUCCUAAUAUUUUAUAUAAACAAGGCCUCAUCAGGUAUACCAAAAAACUGGGAGCUCAUCAGGAGCGAUCUUCCGAUAAAACCAAUUUGGAAAUUGGAUGUUAUACGAU